AUGAGUGAAACAGGAAAAAAAUCUCCGGAAAAGCUUGUGAUCGUUGACGACAAUGAUGAGAAGUCAGGAGAAGAAGAAGAAGGGUCGCCUGAAUUGACUUCAGACAAUGGAAGAUCAUCUCCGGAAAGAACAGUUUCCGGAAUUUUACCACGCUUCUCUGUUAAUCACAUUCUAUCGCCACUGGAUAACUUGGCUAGAGUCCAGCAACAACUUCUCAAGAUGACUUCAUCUCCAUUGGGAGAGCAUUCUCUUCCUUUUGGAUAUCGGCCUCCACCAGGAACAUUGCCAACUUCCUACUUUGGAACAACUCCUUUCCAAGGGUAUCAGAGUGAUUUCACGAGUUAUAUGACGAACACUUCCAAUUGGUACAACAGCAGUGAUCCAAGAUUCGCAGCCCUUUUACCAUGUGGAAUUGAUCCCUCCAGAGCCGCUGUACAUGGGAUUCAGCUUCCUAUGUCGCAAAGAAGAAAGCGAAGAGUUCUCUUCAGUCAAGCUCAGGUUUAUGAACUCGAGAGACGAUUUAAGCAGGCUAAGUACUUGACAGCUCCUGAAAGGGAGCAGCUGGCCAACGCUAUUCAUUUAACUCCAACUCAAGUUAAAAUUUGGUUUCAAAACCACCGCUACAAAUGUAAACGACAAGAAAAGGAGAAAGCUAUGUCAGGAGCGACUGGAACAUCUAACUCCGGUAGAGACGGAAGCACUUCACCAACAUCCCAAAUUGGAGAUGACGAACUUUCAACAUCGGGAUUGAAAACGAAAGAUGAACUUCCGAACUGCUCCGAAACAGAAACAGCUAUAGGAGAUGUCGCAGCUCCCAACAGUUCUGAUCAAAAACCAAUGAUGUUCCCAUCGGUGCCACCUUCAAUGUAUCCUACCCAAACCACAUUCACAUUCCCAUUUGGAUCUCAGCAGUACUCUGCAGCACAAACAGCUUAUUAUAAUCAGAUUCGCGGUGUUGGUUGGUAA